AUGCAGAGAUGGCACGCUGCGCGGGACACCAUGCUGCUUCGCCGACUGUUGCUGCUCCUGUUUCUUCACAUUGCAGUCGCUGCCGCAGCUCCUGCGUCAACACGCCGUGCUGAUGGCCGGCGGCGGCACGCAGGGGGCGGGAACGUCGGUGAUCCUCAACC